UAAUAAAAAGCAAUAUUAAUAAAACAUAAAAUAGCAACGACAACAAUUCAGAGAGAAAAAAAUAUUUAGUCAACGAUACAACGAAGCAAUACUCAACUGUGAGCAAAAAGAAAAUUUUAAAAAUUUAUAUUUAGCAUGAAAAGUUUAAUUGAAGCAUUAGAGACGUUAAAAACGUUUGAAAAUUAUAAAUUAAACAUUAAGAGUAAGUUCACAUAUAAAAAAUAAAUAUCCGGCUACUACCAUACGAACACAAGCAAACAGAUCUAAAAACAACAAACAAUUGUAUGUGUGCAGAAGUUAGGUGUGACCUCUGCUGAAGCGUCUGAAGCAAGUAAGCUUUGUCAACAAAAUGUCCGUCGAUUGCAUGCGACCUUCAAGCAAUAAAAUCAUAAUCACACCAGGUGUCACACUCUGCUAUGCUCAAAACACAUCAGGAUGGCCGCCGCAUCAGCAGACUCGAUCAACUAGUCGCCAACUGGCGCCUGUGAGAUCACAACGACCACCAGUAAGCGCAACGAGUAAAGGAAGGCAUAUAGUAACGCCGAAAAUACCCCCAACGCUUCCAAAGCAACAGCCCACGAUUUUAGUGGUUCGAAAAACAGGUGCAGUGAAGCCUUCACCAAUACCAUCAUUACAAUCAAAAUCUAAAUUGGCAUCACUUCCGCCAUUGUCGCGGAGCACACCAAAGCGAAGCAAUUCUAUCAGGGGAGGGAGUGGUAGCAAUCAGAAACAGAGAAAUGGCCCAGUUAAUGGUGAUCGCAUUAAUUUGGAAUUGGACGGUGCAACAAGUGAUUUGGAAGUCUGUAAACGACUCGAAUGGUCGGCCGCACAAUCUUUAGUCGAAAUGAAUGCGAAAGAAAAACAAAGACGCAGUGCCGCUACAGCACAAUCGGCCACAGAAAGAAAACCGUUGACUACAAUGGAAGUUCCGGAGACAGUAUUAGUGGAAGCGCCGAUUUCUGGAACUGUAUUGAAUGGUCUAAAUUCACAUGACAACGGAGAUAUUGCAAAGCUGGAACAACGUCGUAACGUAGUUAAUUGGAAUGCCAGGCAUAACAACUCCAACACCUCUAAUACCAGCAACAUCUCAUCCGGUAAAUGUGCAACUCCUCUAUCAAACCCUGGCGGUCGUUCGCCCACAGAAGAUGGAAAAGUUAUAUUCUAUGCACCACCUGCAGGCGGCCUCAAUACCAGUCAACCUUCGAGUCACACGCCAUCGUUUAUGAUCAAACAGGAACCAACAUUGCCGGCAUUUUAUCGCGAACGCAGUAUCGAGGAGACCGAAGCAGCCCACGAUCUACUUUCACUAUCGCAAAGUCUACCGCCAUUAACCCCGCCUUGCGUCGUCACUAUCCUGCAUCAGGAGUCGUCAACUAACCACAACCCUAACAGCACAACGCACCAUCAAAAUCAACUCCAACACCAAACACAACAAAAACCCAUCAUGCAUGAGAUAUCCAGUGCUUCCAAACAGCAGAGAGUCGUUCCCCCACCACUCUGUGCUGCCACAAUUGCCGCGGAUAAUUUUACCAUAUUCACUGUACAAGAGGUCCCAACGCCGCCACACACGGCAGCGUCCCUUGAUCAAGGUCCGCCAAAAAUACGUUAUAUAACCAGUGGCAACAGCAACUCAUACGACAGUCACACAGGCGCAAACACACCUGAUCACUCAGAAAACUGCUCGCCGUUAACUCCACCAAAUUCAGAUCAUUCAUCCGAUAUUGACAUCGAUAUGUCAUCCUCCUCGGACUCGGGCCAUUCUAACUCGAAUUAUCAACCAACACUUAAGUUGUGGAUCGAUGAGCCAGGUGCAUACAAGACACGACGUUCUUCGACAAUGCCAACUGAAGAAGCAUCCGAUGCAAAAAUAAGUCAUUCCGUCAAACUCGGCCUUAAUAUAUUGGAUGGCCGCACCAAAGCGAGCCGCUGUGGCAAAGAACCAAUAGAAUCACAUACAGUUGGUACUUUUGACUCCAACGUCACUAACACCGACUCCUAUGUGAAAAAGAAACGUGGCAGCUACAAAUGCUCUGAGUGCGGCAAACAGUACGCGACUUCUAGUAAUCUUUCACGCCAUAAGCAAACGCACCGCUCGCUCGAUUCUCAAUCGGCAAAAAAAUGCAAUACUUGCGGCAAAGCAUAUGUUUCCAUGCCAGCUCUUGCCAUGCAUCUACUGACCCACAAACUUUCGCACAGUUGCGACAUUUGCGGGAAACUAUUUUCACGACCAUGGCUGCUACAAGGUCAUCUACGCUCACACACCGGGGAGAAACCGUAUGCUUGCUCGCACUGUGGCAAAGCCUUCGCUGACCGUUCCAAUUUACGAGCCCACAUGCAAACGCAUUCGAUCGACAAAAAUUUUGAAUGCAAACGUUGCCACAAAACAUUCGCUCUGAAGUCUUACCUAAACAAGCAUCUGGAGUCAUCAUGUCUCAAGGAUGUCAUGGGUAUCGAAGACGCAGCAGAUUUGUACGGGGGUAAUAGCACAGGCGAUAGAGGCAAAGGCGAAGAAGGCGAGUCACCAACCGUUCAAAGCAGUGAUGACAACGACGAAGAUAUUGUCGUAGCAUAGCCGCCGAGAGCUGAGAAAAAGAAAUAAAACGAAUAACGUUGCUGCUCCUUACCAAGAGUUACCUCCCCGAGCUGGGCAUAUUCCGGUCUAUAUACGUGAAGAUAACCAGCCGCUAAGCGAAAUCCAUC